AUGUCUUCUUCUAUGUCGCGUUAUGUAUCUCUGGAUCUUCUUUUAUACUUGGAAUCCGGGCAGACGAUGCCGUUUCAUAUAUUCCCUGACGUGGUCAUGCCGGAUUUUCGACACCAUUUAUCCAACGGAAAGCAAUUCCUUCCCACUUCAGAAGUAGUUGACAACAACUUCUGCUUCAGUGAUUUACAAUUACAAGGCAUGUUUGAUGAAAUCCUGGACAAUCUCAAUUACAUCAAAAGGGCGUGUGGGAGAGUAAAGCAAUGGGAAGACCACAUCAACAAGGAGAUCGAAGGGUUGAUUAUGCAGAGCAUGGACGGUGCCUUCAAAGAAGAAACAGAAACAAAACAAGAAUCCUGCAGAGGCAACUUCCUUUAUGAUAAGCUUCAAAAAACCCUCAGUGUUGUUUCAAUGUUAAAGAGCCAAAUCUUUUCACCCCCAGAAUUCUCUUCAGUUAAUUUAGAAUACUCUGAAAGCUUCAAACGUUUCAGCUUUUGUAUGAGGGAUCGGUCCAAAUCCCCGAUCAAUCUGCCAGACCAAAACAUCAUCGAUGAAAUGAUCAAGGAGAGAUCAAAGAAAGAGAUUGAGGCGAUCUACAACGAUCUAGAUGUUACAUCAAAGAUGUGUUUGCUCUGUUUCUCAGUGUUCCCUGAAAACGCUGUCAUAAAGAAGAAAGUAUUGGUCCACUGGUGGGUUGGCGAGGGCUUUAUAGACUCCCCUAGUAGCGGAGAUAAGACAGCAGAGCAAACUGGGAACGAGUUCUUUAAAAAAUUCAUCUCGAAAGGCAUCAUCGAGCCCGUUCACAAAAAGCGCAGAACAAGAUCAGAGAAUUGCAAGAUGGACCCGUUAAUUCGCAGUGCCGUAAUUACGCUUGCGAAGAGAGCUGGGUUCCUCUGUUUUGAUGCCGAGGGAUAUCCAACUGCAAAUUUAUGUGAAAGUCGGCGGGUUUGCCUGGUAAAAACUGUAGAAGGGUCUUCGCUUCGGCAAUUGACUUACAGUUUCGAUUUGAAGCAGGAAAAGGUUCGCACUUUGUUCAAUGUAAACGAGCCUUAUCUUGAUUUCAGAGUGGACUUUUUCUCUCAGAUGAAGUAUUUGAGAGUUCUUCAGCUGGGUAGGUGGCAGGCCUCUGCCCAGCAGCACGUGGAAGUGGACGAUGGUGGGUUCUUGAAAGGGUUGAAGAAGAUGAAACAUCUUCGGUACUUUAGCCUUAGGGGAAUCUCAGGAAUCAUAGAGCUUCCAGAUGCAAUUUGCAAACUCUGCAAUCUAAGGAUCCUGAACCUCAAUGGGUGUCAUAAUUUAGAGAAACUUCCUGACGGCAUAGGCUCACUCAAAAUGCUGACACACUUAGACAUGUCCGAGUGUUACUUUAUUAGCCACAUGCCCAAGGGAAUUGCCUUGCUCUUACAACUACAAGUUCUUAAAGGAUUUGUGGUUCGCCAACCAAAGAAAGGAGUAGAGUGUUGUAAGCUGCAUGAUUUGGCGAAACUGGAAAAUUUGAGGAAGCUGCUCAUACAUGUAGAGAGAGAGUAUGGUAAAGCGGAAGAACAGCUGCGUUCUUUACCACAAAUCAAAAGCCUCCGGUCGUUAUCAGUGGCAUGGUCAGGAAUUUACACCUCACCCAAUACUACAAUCGCAAGGGCCUCUAGCAUAAAGGAAAGUAUCAAGUCAUGUUCGAAGAGAACAUCUUUUUCCGCGGCUCAGGCGACAAAUAAACCAACCCCUUCCCCUGCUUCUUUGGAGAAAUUGGGGCUCCUGUAUUUACCUGGUUCUGAGAUGCCGUGUUGGCUCAAUCUCUUCAACCUGGAAAACCUGAAGAAGCUUUAUGUAAGGGAAGGAGAGCAGCUCUCAGACCUGCGGAUAGCGGAAUAUCACCCACAGAACGUUAGAGCUCUACGCUUGAAGUACUUGCCAGAGCUUCAGAUGAAUUGGGGAAAACUGCAAGCAUUGUUUCCAAAGUUGAGUUACUUGGAGCAAGUCCAAUGUCCUAAACUCUUUUUCUUCCCAUGUGAUCAGAAUGGAGAGUGGAUGCGCGGGUCGGCCAUAGACGAAGAGCACGCAUAA